UUUCAUCGAAUGCAAUUAGAAGACACUGCUGCGAUUUGGAUUUCUCCACUGAAUGCAGAGAACGGCUGACAAAAUAUGAUGAUAACUUCUGCAAAACAGUGUUAAACAGAAGCUUCCAAAAGUUAUCACACGAACUUGAUCCAUAUUCACUAUUAGGCUGGUGUUGUAUCAAGGGAUAUCUUACAUACCAACAAGAGCAUGAUAUCCAGGAACAGACAAACUCUAACAAGACUAGAGAACUUCUCAAGGCGGUUAGUUCUAGAGGAGCAAUUGGAUAUAAAGAAAUGAAACGUUGGUUGUUUACACAUCACGUGUAUCUUUUUCAAUAUUUGGGUAAACAGGAGGCUGAACUUGAAAAGAUGAUAAUGGCGGUGAAGGAACUAGAAGAGAGAAACAGACAAGCUAGGUCACAAAAGUCUGUCACACCUUUGCAGACAGGGAACAUGUUUAAAGGUUGGUCACCUCAAACAAUUGAGAGGUAUUUCAAAGCGAUCAGUAUAAUAACAGAGGAUGAGUGCAGUGUCCUUCAGAAGUGUCAUAAACAAACACUGAAAGCAAGUGGUCAAUUAAUAGACUUCUAUAGCCCCUGUCAUGAAAUACAGGAGAUGGUAAUAUAUAACACGAAAAUGACCGUGAUUGAAAGACGUACAAUUUCCACUGGAUGGAAAGAUCCUUAUCGAGACUUAUACAGAACAAGUGCAUACCUAUUAAUACUAUUUGGUUCAACAGCUUUCGAAGAGAAACAGGAAUUAGUACAAGAUAUUGAAAGCAUAUGGAAACAUAUAUUUUGGAAUGAAUUUCUCAGCACAUAUUCCCUCUCUGUUCUUCAAAAAGAUAAAUAUGAAAAGGAAACGAAAGAUGCCAAAGAAACUAUCACGGCAGAGUUUUUAAAAUUCAAGUAUGAAGCACCUGUUGAAGUGUCAGUUCAUAUUGAUAACGUGUCAAUGGAAGAACAACCGACUGCUGGUUCCUACGACAAGCAGGCUGCAGAAGAGUUUCGGGCACUGGAGCAAAUGUUGAUGUGUAAAGUGUGUCUGGACGCAGAUUUAUGCAUCGUAUUCUUCCCGUGUGGCCACAUAGCUACAUGUGAAAGCUGUGCGAGUGCCAUGCAAAUCUGCCCAGUUUGCCGUUCAGUAAUCCAGGAAUCAGUAAAGCUAAAUUACGAGUAGUUGAGAAAGCCGAAUCUUUUAAACUAUCAAGAAGACCAUCUAGAAACGAGAUAAACAACCAUAGUGUCGCCAAUAUUAUUGUUAUUACUGUAUGUUUUGAUCAGUCGGAACAUUGUUCAACACGAAUAAUGCAAAAACAAGACUUAACGCAUCAUCAUGAUGAUAUAUAAUUGUUUUUUAUAUGUAUUGAUCAGCCAGGAUUCAGUAAAGCUAAAUUACGUGUAGCUGAGAAGGCCGAUGCUUUUACACUAUCAAGAAGACCAUCUAGAAACGAGAUAAACAACCAUAAUGUUUAUUACUAUAUAUUUUGAUCAGUCGGAACAUUGUUCAACACGAAUAAUGCAAAAACAAAACUUAACGCAUUAUCAUGAUGACAUAUAAUUGUUUUUAUAUGUAUUGAUCAGCCAGUGCUUAGAUAAACACAAGCUUUUUCAAAGAAUAAGUAAAAGAGUAAGGGCUAUAAUCAUAGACAAUACUCCAACUCCACUCAAUGAGUACUCUCAAAUAAAUUGUCUGUCACGUCUUUUCUCAAGGGAAGAUUCGAUUUGUAUUCAUAUAGGUGAGUGACAAUCGCGUCAGCCCCCGAAAAGGGAGGUCCUGAGGACACUUGGGUGUAUGCAAAUUUAAAUAAUAAAUUUACAACAGUGUCGUGCAUGUAGUUAAAGCGAAAGUACAUAUUUGUUGAUUAAGGUAUUUUGGCAAAAACCUGUAUUAUGUUUUUAUACCUUUGUUGAGGACGGCGAAAAAGCACACAAACAACAAAAACAAAUUAAUAGAAAGUAAAUUAAUGCAAACGAUUAAAAACAUAUAUCGGUUAAUUCAUACUGAAAAUUUAAACACUCCCUCAAAUUUAAUGUCAUUAAGAAGACCUAUAUUAAAUUUAUUAGAUCUUAUUUUCAAAAUGAUAUGUUUAUAAUAACUGAAAUUUACGCGGGCUGGCUUUCGGGAAACACCAACAGUUAAUGGCACGUUGUAAUAAAUUUCAUUUUAAGCGAAAAUUCAACUCGUGUAUUGUUUAGUAUAAAUUUCAUUCUACUAAUUCAGAUUAGACAGGCGGACAGAUGGAUUGAUAGACGCAUUAUAAAACAAAUGGACUUUCGGACGGACAGAUAUACAAAAAAGCAAUAAGAUGACAACUUCCGACUACAAAAAUAACAAUCAGCACUUCGCAUACCUUUGAUGAUAUUGUCAUAUAUACCCGUUAUAAUCCGCUAAAUCCAUUAUGUACAGUAAAACCAUUACUCGAACUGUCCUUCCGAAAGUUAAAGAGGCACCACAAAAUGACUGUAUUCUUUUAUAUUUCCAUGAUGGUAAUUAUACAUGAUUUGCUUGAAAAAAAAAAAUACAAUAUAAAAUAUUCAAGAAUUUAGUUGCAGAUUGACAGUGACAUAUAUUAGGCUUAGACAAUGUGUUUAAUGUCAUAACAUUUUAUUGAAUUAAUGUAGUAAUAUGUAAAUAAAUCAGUGUAUUUAGUUACAUUUGAAUCACAUUUUGUUUCUACAGUGUAAGACAGUUAUUCAUCUAUAUUCUUAAAACUAUGCUGAAAAGAAUUUGACUGAAUAGGUUUACAGAUAAAGUUGUGAAAACACAUUCAUUCAGGAAGGGCCUUAAUUGUCCACCUGAAUUCUUGUAGUAUAGCUGUAUCUUACCUUUAUUAUAAGAAAAAAAGUAGUUCACUAGGUCGUGGUGGGUCUUUAAAAUUGAGAGGGAUUAUAAACAUGACAUCCUAAUUCCACUCACACUCCCACAGUGUCUACUCGAGGCCCACUUGAGUAAUACUUACCAAAAUUUGAGUCAGUUGUGAGUUUGAGUAACGACUAUGAAUAUAGCCCAAAAGCCGUAAACUGUCCUUGAUAUGGGUGAAUGGACAAAUGGAUGCACAAUACGCCGAUAUUCGUCCAUUCUAACGGACAACUUGAGGUCUUACAUUGACUUGAAACACGGUUUUAACGAAAAAAAGUCAAGAUUUUGCCUAUUUUGAAGACGCGCUACAGAAUAACUGUUUUGUUUUGUAUAACCAUGAUGGUCAUGCUUUGCAUGAAAACAUUGAGAAACACAAGUAUCUUCUUACAUAUUGACUGUACUAUAUAUAAGGCCAAGACAAUGUGUUGUCAAAUUGAUGCAGCAGUAUGUAUAGUACUUGUCAAAUUAAGAUUAUUUAAGAUCAUAAUUUGUUUGUACAGCAUAAGAUGGUUAUUUAUCUGUGUUUAUAAAACUGUACUUAUUCGAGUUUGACUGAAUAAGUUUGCAAAUGUUGUGAACCCACAUUUAGUUAAGGAGUGCCUAAAUUCUCUACCUGUCACCUUCAUGUAUAGCUGUAUUGUAACAGAAUCAUCAUUAGGUCACUAGGUUGUGGUUUGUUUUUAAAAUAACGGAGGUUUUGUCCAGUAUAAAUUAAAAGCAGCUUGAUGAUUCAUAUCUAUGUGUAAACUUCAGACUAAACCCUCUUUAGAAGCCAGCCUGGGGAAACAGCCAACUUGACUACUCGAGAUGGAUGACCUCUGAUCAGGGGGCUCAAAAUCCGUGGCUGGAUUUCAAGAUCGAUCAUUAUCAUCAUCAUCAUCAUCGAAUUUAGAAAAUAUGUCAGAAAAAAUGUCAUAUGUACUUAAUUAAUUUGCUUAUUAUCAAUAAACUUUUUUCCUCUA